UUUUUUGGGGAGGGAAGGGAGACAGCAAAGGUGCGCGUGCAGGGACCUUUUUAGAGUCGGGCGGGACUUUUUCGAACUCUAAUUUAGCUUUAGUUAUGCAAUAAGCGUUAGGUACGUAGUUAAGAGCCAAGUGAUAUGACCGCUGUUGCGCAUUGACAGGACAACGAUAAUGCAAGAUUUCGAUACUUUUAAUCCUGUGUAUAUAUACGUAGCGACAUCUCGACUAUAUAUCUUCCCCGUGUGAGGUGAUAAAAGGAGGCAGAUGUUAUCAGGACAACAAGCGUCAGUGCAAAUUCUUUUGUUCAUUAAUGUCGGCCCUUCUCCGAGAACACGAAAUAUAGAAUGUCAGCAAAAAAAAUCAUGUGUCGCUCGUUCGAAAAUCAUCAUGAGACAUUCGCCUACAUGUGGUUUCUAUGGUUUGUUGUAGAAGGCUACUCUCUUUACUGCUUGUUAACUAUGCGACUUGGUACCAUACCAGAUCAUUCAAAGCUACUGUAGUCAGAAAAUGCAUACGACACUUAAAAAUUUGGCAAGAUUACUUGAUAGAAGCAUCAUGGUACUACUGUCCAUGGUUAACGGUGUAUGCUCAGUACCAGCUUUGGAUGUCGACUUCAACUUGUAUGAAGACACGAGUGGUACAAGGCGUAUCUCUCCAUCUAGUAGCCGCUAUGUAUCUAUAAAAUAAAGAGAGAGAGAGAGAGAGAGAGAGAGAAGGUAGAUUACUCCUGCUACUAGCAACUCUAAUAUGAAAAUGUAUGUUUGUAUAC